AUGCUGGAGCAAAUCAUAAAUUCAGGUUACUAUUACCUGAAUUUGGUGAGCAGCGAGUAUUCGACGCCGAUAUGGGCUGUUCUGACCGCCGGAUUUUCCGUCGUAGUCACUCUCACCCUUUCGGUUUACCUCCUUUUCGAGCAUCUGUCCAUGUACAAGAACCCCGAGGAGCAAAAGUUUUUGAUUGGAGUGAUAGUGAUGGUACCAUGUUAUGCUGUUGAAUCAUUUGUGUCCUUGGUAAAGCCAGCAAUUAGCGUCCAUAUUGGAAUCCUUCGUGAUUGCUACGAAUCCUUUGCCAUGUACUGCUUUGGGAGGUACCUAGUUGCUUGUUUAGGUGGAGAUGAGAGGACAAUUGAAUUUAUGGAGAGGGAAGGACGGGCAAGUGUAAAAGCUCCCUUACUGGAUCAUGGCUCUGAAAGGGGAAUUGUAAAGCAUCCCUUCCCGUUGAAUUUAUUCCUAAAGCCUUGGAAACUUAGUGGGUGGGUUUAUCAGGCCAUCAAGUUUGGAAUUGUUCAAUAUAUGAUUAUAAAAGCAUUCACAGCUAUUUCAGCAGUAAUUCUUGAAGCAUUUGAUGUAUAUUGUGAAGGAGACUUCAAAUGGAACUGUGGGUACCCAUACAUGGCUGUGAUUUUAAAUUUCAGUCAAUCGUGGGCAUUGUAUUGCUUAAUUCUUUUUUAUACCAUUACAAAAGAUGAAUUAGCGCACAUCAAACCAUUGUACAAGUUCUUGACAUUCAAGUCAAUUGUGUUCUUAACUUGGUGGCAAGGUGUUGCUAUAGCUCUUCUUUAUGCUAUUGGUUUAUUUAAAAGUCCAAUAGCUCAGUCACUGCAGUUCAAGUCAAGCGUUCAGAACUUCAUUAUUUGUAUUGAGAUGGGCAUUGCUGCUGCAGUUCACCUUUAUGUUUUCCCGGCAAAGCCUUACGAGUAUAUUGGAGAUCAUUUUUCGGGAAGUGUUGCAGUUCUCGGAGAUUAUGCCUCGGUUGAUUGCCCUUUAGAUCCAGACGAGGUGAGGGACAGUGAACGUCCGACAAAAUUUCGUCUUCCACAACCAGACACCAAAACUAGGAGUGGGACCGCCAUUCGAGAAAGUGUUCGGGAUGUUUUUCUUGGUGGGGGCGAAUACAUUGUGAACGACGUCAAGUUCACAGUGACCCAAGCGGUUGAGCCGGUCGAGAAGGGGCUCAACAAAUUCAACCAGAAACUGCACAAGAUCUCGGAGAACAUAAAGAGGCACGAAAAGGGGAGACGAACGAGAGAUGACAGCUGUAUCGCCACGUCAUCAUCUGCAAGGAAGGUCAUAAGGGGAAUAGACGACCCACUACUCAACGGGAGCACGAGCGAUAGCGCCAGCUCGAGAAGAAAGAAACACCACCGCCGAAAGUCGGGUUACACGAGCGAAAGUGGCAAUGAAAGCAGUAGUGACUUGACUUACAGUGGCUAUAUGAUUCGAGGCCGUAGAUGGGUCGUCAAGGAUUAG